AUGGUCCCUCUACCCUCCGCUGGCACCCCGUUCGAAUCCGCCGCCGCUGCCAAAGCCGAACUCUCUACAUUCAAAGCCACCACCUUCACCAGACUCCACACUGACACAGUCACCUCCCUCGCCUGGAACUCCACCGGUACUCGCCUGGCUUCCGGCUCCCGAGACUGCACGAUCCGCAUCUGGAAUCCCGAACGCUCUGAUCCGAGAAAUACGCCUGAUUUGAAGCUGCCACGGGGGAAGGCGGGGGUUGUGCGCAAGAUCGUGUGGGAUCCUGUACAGAGGAAGGGUGAGGCGGAGAGAUUGGCUACUCUGAAUAGUGACGCAUCAGUGCGGAUAUGGGAUACAAAAACGAAAACGGUCGUGGCGGAGGUGCGGUGUAAGACGUCGCACGACCCUGUUCUUAUCGGUCUCGCAUGGUCUGCAGAUGGGAAGUUCAUUUGUGCUGUAUCGCGGGACGACUACAUCACCCUCAUCGAUGCUCAAACAUUCACAGUCUUAACCUCCACCCGCGGUCCCUACGGCGCCUCAUACGCCUCCUUCCACCCCACACACCCCCUCCUCGCCGUCACAGCAGUCCAAGCAACCCAACUCCACCCCUACGGAAAACUCUCCUUCUACACCUACCUCCCAUCCUCCUCCUCCUCCGACCCCUCUACAAUAGUGCUAAAUGAAGCAAUCCAACUAAACGCACACGUAGGCUCCUGCUCCCCUCCGCACUUCUCACCCUCGCCACCCCAUAACCUCCUCCUCGGCGGCGCAGACUCUCUUAUUUCGUUAUACUCGACGCACGAGUUUUACCCCAUCCGGACAUUCGACUACAACAAGGGAACGGGGUUGGCCGGGGGUGUGAAGGAGACGGGGUGGACGUGGUGUGGGGGUUUCGUGACGAGGUUGGGUGAUGAUGGGGUUGUCUGGGUUGGAGAUUGUGAGACGGGGGAGGAGGUGUGGUCGAGUACGAGUACGAGUGGCGGGGGGCAGCUGGGGUUGAAGUUGACGGGGAGUGAGACUUUGGCGUGGAGUCCGAGGGGGUAUGUGUUGGCGCUUACGGUGGAGGGGGGGAAGACGAUUGCGUUGUUGGGGCUGGCUGAUGCAAAAUGA